GAGGGUCGGGAAGGAAACACGACGGGGCGGGGCCAGCCACCCAAGGUCCCCAGCAGGGCACGUCACCGCCCCAGGUGCGGAGGGCGGGAACUGGCUCGCACCUCCCCGCGGAGCGCUUUCCCCACCUCCAGGCUGCGGCGGGCCCCUGGCUACCCUUUCUGACCCGGCCACACCUGCAACCGCACCCCAGGCAGGGCUGAGGCGGAGAGGGGCGGCCACCCGAGGGACCUGGCCAGGAGGAUCCGCGGGGCGCCGGCGAGGCCCGGGGGCGAGGGUGCGGCGGAGCGAGGCGAUGGCGCGGAGCCCGGGCGGCCGGUGCGCCCUGCAGCUGCUGCUGCUGGCGGUGGUGGUCUGCUUGGACUUUGGAAAUGGACUUCACUUAGAGGUUUUCAGCACAAGAAGAGGAGACAAACUACUCCCUAAGCACAGUCACUUGGUUCGGCAAAAGCGGGCCUGGAUCACUGCUCCUGUGGCUCUCCGGGAGGGAGAGGAUCUUUCCAGAAAGAACCCAAUUGCCAAGAUACAUUCUGACCUUGCAGAAGAAAAAGGAAUAAAAAUCACCUACAAAUACACCGGGAAGGGGAUUACAGAGCCACCUUUUGGUAUAUUUGUCUUUGAUAAGAACACAGGAAACCUGAACAUUACCAGCAUCCUUGACCGGGAAGAAACACCAUUUUUUCUGCUGACAGGUUAUGCGAUGGACUCCAGAGGAAACCAGCUGGAGAAACCUUUAGAGCUACGCAUUAAAGUUCUUGACAUCAAUGACAACGAGCCAGUGUUCAAACAGGAAGUCUUCGUUGGCUCUGUUGAAGAACUGAGCGCUGCACAUACACUCGUGAUGAAAGUCAUCGCCACAGAUGCAGAUGAGCCCAACACCCUGAAUUCUAAAAUCUCCUACAGAAUUGUCUCUCAGGAGCCUGCAAAUUCUCCCAUGUUCUACCUAAAUAAAGACACGGGCGAGAUUUAUACAGCCAGUUUUACUUUGGACAGAGAGGAAUACAGCAGCUAUUCUUUAACGGUGGAAGCAAGAGAUGGUAAUGGGCAGAUAACAGACAAGCCGGUCCAGCAAGCACAAGUUCAGAUCCAGAUCUUGGAUGUCAACGACAACAUACCUGUAGUGGAAAAUAAAGUGUAUGAAGGGGUGGUGGAAGAAAACCGAGUCAAUGUGGAAGUCAUGCGUAUCAAAGUGACCGACGCAGAUGAAGUGGGUUCGGAUAACUGGUUGGCAAACUUUACGUUUGCAUCAGGAAAUGAAGGGGGUUAUUUCCACAUCGAGACUGACACGCAGACUAAUGAAGGGAUUGUGACCCUCGUCAAGGAAGUAGACUAUGAAACGAUGAGGAAUCUCAACUUCAGCGUCUUUGUCACCAAUAAAGCACCUUUCCACAAGUCUGUUCAGAACAAGUUCAAGCCUACGCCCAUCCCCAUCACUGUCAAGGUCAAGAACAUGGUUGAGGGCAUUCAUUUCAAGAACAGCGUAGUCUCCGUCCGAGCUAGUGAGGCAAUGGAUAGGUCCAGCCUCACCCGGUCGAUUGGAAAAUUCCAAGUUUUUGAUGAAGACACUGGACAAGCAGCAACUAAAGUAAAAUAUGCAAAAGUGGAAGACAUAGACAACUGGAUCUCCGUGGAUUCUGUCACGUCAGAAAUUAAGCUUGUGAAGAUUCCCGAUUUUGAAUCCGGAUAUGUCCAGAAUGGCACCUACACUGUAAAGGUCGUGGCUAUAUCCAGUGAUCAUCCUCAGAAAACCAUCACUGGCACCGUCCUUAUCUCCGUUGAAGACAUCAAUGACAACUGUCCCACACUGGUGGAGCCGAUACAACGGAUCUGUGAGGAUGCACCAUAUGUGAAUGUCACUGCAAAGGAUUUGGAUGGACCCCAGAACAGUGGGCCAUUCAGUUUCUCCAUCGUUGACCAAACGCCUGGAACGGCAGAGAACUGGAAAAUAAUACGCCAAGAAAGUACCAGCGUGCUGCUGCAGCAAAGAGAGCGGAAGCUGGGGAGAAGCGAGGUCCCCUUCCUCAUUUCGGACACCCAGGGCUUCAGCUGCCCCGAGAAGCAGGUCCUUCAGCUCACGGUGUGUGAGUGUCUGGGGGGCGGUGGCUGUGCAGAAGCCCAGUAUGACAACUACGUUGGCCUGGGACCCGCCGCCAUCGCUCUCAUGAUUCUGGCCCUCCUGCUCUUGCUGCUUGUGCCGCUGCUGCUGCUGAUCUGCCACUGUGGAGAGGGCGCCAAAGGCUUCACCCCCAUUCCCGGGACCAUAGAGAUGCUGCACCCUUGGAAUAAUGAAGGGGCGCCUCCUGAGGACAAGGUGGUGCCAUCGCUCCUGGUGACGGAUCAUGCCGGAAAUUCGGCAGCGAGAAACGGGGUAGGAGGUGCUGUGCUCAAGGAAAGCAUGGCGAAAGGCAGCAGCUCGGCUUCCUUUACCAAAGGACAGCACGAGCUGUCCGACGUCGACGGGAGAUGGGAAGAGCACAGAAGCCUCCUUACUACCGAGACCACGCACCUCGUAGGGACAGCAGGAGCCAUCGCAGCCAAUGAAACACUAAGGAGAGCAAGAGCCACGGGGGCUUCCAGAGACGCGGGUGGGGCUCGAGGAGCUGCUGUUGCAAUGAAUGAGGAAUUCUUAAGAAGUUACUUCAUGGAGAAAGCGGCCUCCUAUGCUGAGGAAGACGACAUUCACACGGCCAAAGACUGCCUUCUCGUCUACUCCCAGGAAGACACAGACUCUCUCCGAGGCUCCAUUGGCUGCUGCAGCUUUAUCGAGGGAGAACUUGAUGAUCUGUUCUUAGAUGACCUGGGCCUUAAAUUCAAGACCCUAGCCGAAGUUUGCCUCGGUCGAAAGAUCAGUUUGGAUGUGGACGUUGAGCAGAAGCAGAAGCCUGUCCGAGAAGCCAGUGUGAACCUAGCUUCGGGCUCACAUUAUGGGCAAACAAUGGUCAACUCAGAGAGCACAUACGCCUCUGACAGUGGCUUCCAACUCCCAAAAGCACACUCGGAGAAAGUCACACAGGAAAUCGUCACUGAAAGCUCUGUGUCCUCCAGACAGAGUCAAAAGGUAGUACCGCCACACCCUGCUCCCGUGGCUUCUGGUAAUAUUAUAGUGACAGAAACUUCCUAUUCCGCAGGCUCCGCUGUACCACCCAGCACUGUGACCCUGGGUCCUAGACAGCCGCAGAGCCUUAUUGUGACAGAGAGGGUGUACGCGCCAGCAUCCACCUUGGUGGAUCAGCACUAUGGCAAUGAAGAAAAUGUCAUUGUCACUGAACGAGUGGUCCAGCCUAACGGGGGUAUCCCUAAGCCACUCGAGGUCAGCCAGCAUCUGAAAGAUUCGCAGUAUGUUAUGGUGAGGGAGAGAGAGAGCAUCCUUGCUCCCAGCUCAGGUGCACAGCCCACCCUGGUAAUGCCCAGUGUGGCAGCGGGACAGAGUGUCACGGUGACCGAAAGGGUACUGGCCCCUGCUUCCUCUCUGCCGUCCGGUCACCACCCCCCCAGUGAGACCUCUAUGAAGGCUAGGAAGACUACGGUUUCUAGUGUAGGAGGUCUGGGCCCUCUGCCCAAUUUAGAGUUAGAGGAAUCUGGUCAUCCCAGUUCUACUGUAACCACAUCUUCCACCAGGGUCACUAAGCAUAGCACUGUGCAACAUUCUUACUCCUAAAUGGAAGCUGGCUGCAGUCUGGCCCAGAGCUUAACUGGCUUCGCUGGAUGUGUGUUUCCACGCCCCUAACCUUAUGUGAGCCAUACAAAGACUUACACACGGAGGUCACUGAUGCCCCGAGGGCCACAGUGCCUCUGGCAGGGCUGGGUUUCGGGAAUGCUCUGAUAUUCGGUGGGACGGGAUGAAGAUGCUGUUUCCUAAAUGCCUUUUAGCACACUGUGCAAGCAAUACUCACAGACUAGACAGGAUAAAUUGGCUUUCAGGAACUUACCAAGUCAAAGCCUGGUUUCUCGUUCCGGUCCAGAGGAUGGGAUUCUGCACAGUUGACACCCAGCAGGGACAGUUCCAUCCCAUCCAUUACAGAACCUUGCAGGUUAUAGGUACCAAAUAGCUCAUCUGCCCAGAGGAACAUCUCCACUCUGGACCUCCACUUCUGAGUCCAGAAGGAAGGAAAUGAAAACACCUUGUACCCUUUUAGUUGUGCAAAUUGUUGAAAGUUUAACACUGACCUGGUAAGAAUACAUACCGUGCAUUUCUCUGCACAAGCCAUGUGUCCGUACAUGUCCUGUGAGCUUAAAAAUGACUCUAUGGUUCUCCUCUUUCUCAGCGGUCAUGAAAUUCAGUUAAAGUAAUCCAGGAUAGCCAAGUGUGGUGGCACGCGGCUUUAGUACCAGCACUUACGAGGCAGGAGAUCUCUGUGAGUCUGAGGCCAGACUGUUCUAUAUAAAGAGUCCCAGGACAGCCAGAGCUACAUAAAGAGACCCCGUCUCAAAAUAGCAAUAAUAAUAACCCAGGAUAAAAUUCAUACUUAGUUUUUCUGUAAUGUGAUAAUAAAAAAAAAAGCAUAUGUUUGUUUCUUGGCUACAACUUAGUGCACUUAGGGGCUGGACAGAAGGCUCAGUGGUAAAGAGCACGUUACUGCUGUUGCAGAGAACUAUAAUUUAGUUUCUGGUUCACAGCCACCUCUAAUUCCAACUCAGGGGGUCUGAUGCCCUCUAGUGGACUCCGGAGGCACUGCACUUACAAUUCGGUGACGUUAAGUGACCAGCCACAGUUCCCACUUGCCAUUCAUCCUCAAUGCCUCACAUAGGAGCCCAGCCAGUGUGUGUGGGUCAAGCUGAGUUCCACAAACCAGCCCUUUACUACAAUCAUUUAAAUAUCAAAAAGACUCUGUGUUUUCAUAAUUCUGAAUUGGGAUGUUUACCACUCUUAAUGUCUAAAAGUAAUUGACCGAUGUACGUGAGGUAGAUAUUUUGCCAUAAAACCAUGAAUAACUGAAUCAGUUUUGUUCAGCUUCCUUGCCUUGUUUCUUUAAGGAAGUUGUUUGGAUUGUGCAGCUCGUCAGUGGGAAGUAUUACACAAAUAAGAAUAGUUUCUAAAAACAAUGUUUCAAAGCAAAAAAUAAAACAAUAAUGUUUCAAAGCCUAUGUGUAUAUCAGUAACAAUAUAUAUGCAUGCUUCCCACAAAAAAACUGUUGAAAACAAUUAAAUUUCUAGAUACUUUGCUAAGAAAAUGGAAAUUCUACACUUAUACUUUGUAGACAUUUUAAAAUGAUGUUUACACACAUCGCAUUGUAAAAACAUUUAUACCAUGGACCUCACUGAUGCGCGAAGUAUUUUUACACAUGAUCUGCUGUGUGGGGUGGAGGCCAACUUAUUUCUACAGUCUAGAAUUGUUUACUUUCUGCAGAGCGAGCUUGAUGGGGAAUGUUUGGUUUUGAUUACGUUGAAACUAUUUCACGAGGUGUGCAGCAGGAACCACACUACUGUGCGGAGCUCCAAAUAUGGCCCAUGUGCUCAAAUAACAAAGCUCGGUCUGGAACUUACCUGUGGCUAGGUUUGGGGCCCUGCUUCCCGCUGGCACAGGGCAUGGUCACAUGUAUGGUCUUCCUCGUUCCUAGAAGGGUGGUUUGUGUCAGUUUUUGUAUUUGUUCCUUGGCAGGACUGUAUUUGUGUGUGUGUUCAUGUAAGAUGUUUCAAUAAAAAGACUGCCUUCCUUCACAGUG